AUGGACAAUAUGGAUGAGAUUUCUUGGGCUCUCUUCACUGGCAUUGCAGUGGCAUCCGUUUUGCUUCAGACAUGUCGUUACAAAAAGGCUAUCGAGAUAUUCACCGAGUGCUUGGUUCUUUUCAAACAAUUUAAAGUGGAAAAGUUAAAUUCUUUUUCUGUCAUAGUCUUUCACAGGUUGUUUGACCUUUACUGUCUUGUUGGUGAUACCAAGAAUGCGAUUAAAAUUGGGGAAGAGGCAAUCCGUAUCCAUCUUCAAGGUACUGAUAUCCCAGCUAAAUCGCGCUUCUAUGUUGGAAAGCUUCUCUGCCGUCUGGAGCCCUUGUUCGAUUUCCCUAAAGCCAAGGACUUCUUUGGAAAGGAACUUAGAAUCUGGAUAGAAACUGGUAAUAAAAAGGAACUUGGAGUGAUAUUCAUGCAAAUUGGCAGACUACAUGGGGAAUUGGAGGAAUUCAAUCAGGCUAAAGAUUUUUAUGAAAAGGCAGUAGCAACUUUAAAGGAGGCCGGUGAUCAAGCUUUGAUAAAGCUAGGGGAAGCCUUAAAUGAUCUGGGAAAAUACUAUGAAAUUCUUCGAGACUUCCAAAACGCAAAACGUAUGCAACAUGAAGCCCUCGAAAUAAGUGAACGCACUGGAAAGAAGAGCGAAAAAAUUAUGAUUUACCGGAAUCUCGGUGACAUCCACACAUCUCUCAAAGAAUUUGACAACGCAGAAAAAUUUUACAGGAGGGCACUCUCGAUUAGUAAAGAGCUGAGAAACAAGAGUGGAGAAGCCUUCACGUAUAAAGGCUUAAGAGGUUUUUAUCAUGGUAAAAACGACUAUGCGAUGGCUGAAACGUACGCCAGGAAGGCACUCGAGGUUUACACGGAAAUCGGUGACAAGAAAGAGGAAGGUACUUUAAAUUGCGUACUUGGAACCCUCUGCCAUUUUCUCGGAAGAUACGAAGAGGCAUUAGAAUUCCACAGGCGAUCUCUUGCUAUUUACGAGAAAAUUGGUGAUAGAAUAGGAGAAGGACAACAAUACGCGAAUCUUGCUGUUGUAUAUCAGUCAAUGGGUGAUUUCUGUAAAGCAAAGCAAUAUUUUGAGCAGGCAUUGACAAUCAACAAGGAAACGAAUAUCACUCUAGGUCAAGGAAUAGACUACGGCAAUCUUGCAACUAUCUAUCGACAUCUUGGUGAUAAUGCCAGAGCACAGGAGUGUAGUGAAAAGGCACUAGAGUUAAAGAGUGGAACCGGCUUGCAAGAAACCACACUAUCCGAUUACCUUCACUUGGGAAUUUCCUGUCAGAAUCGUGGACAAUACGUGCAGGCCAAAGAACAUUUUGAGAAAGGUCGAAAGAUAGCGAGAGAGGUUGGUGAAAGAAGUAUGGAGGGAUCAAUUUUAUCCGAGUUAGCCGAAUUGGAGUCUAUCACUGGCGAGUCUGAAAAAGCGAAAGCGUAUUUCAAAGAAGCAUUGCAAAUCUUUAAAAGACAUCGGAGACAUCGCUCAGGAAGCGUUACAGCUCAAUAAUCUUGGGACUGUUUAUCAAUUGGAAGGCGACAUACCAACGGCCGUAAGAUACCUUGAAAGGUCAUUGCACAUCUUCAAACAAAUUGGAAACAAACAUUAUGAAAGUGUUGUUCUGGGAGCACUUGGAGAUCUGUAUAGUUCGCAAGGCGAAUAUGAAAGGGCCAUGCAACAAUACCAACAAGGAUUAAACAUAGUGAAAGAAACUAAAGGGAAAACAAUGGAAGCGAAAAUCCUCAAUUCCUUAGGGAAUUGUUACUUCGAUCAAAAGGAUAUGAAAAAAGCGAUGAUGUUUUUCAAACAGGCACUUUCGUGUUGCGAAAAGAUUGAAGACCUUCGAGGCACAAGCAUUUGCUGCUGUAGUAUAGCAUGCGUUUAUCAUUUGACUCUAGAUCGUGAAAACUUUUGGUUGUAUCUUAAAAGAAGUAUUAGGGCUCUUGAGGAGACGCAGAAAUCAAUUGGAGAAAGCGAGUAUUACAAGAUAGGCUUUGCUGACAAACACGAUAGACCUUACAAAUUAAUGGUUACCACAUUGAUCACAUUGAAAAAGUUUGAUCUAGCUUUGUCAAUUGUGGAGCUUGUACGUGCCAGAUCACUUGCGGAGUUGAUGGUAAAGAGAUAUUCUGCACCACCUUUGCCUGACUUGGAUUCCAGCCAAUUGACUUGUUUCCAUCAUACUGUCAGAGAUAAGGAUAAGUCCUGCCUAUCAUUCUAUUUUGCACAAGGAAAUCUUUUCUCUUGGAUUUUAAGGGCUAACCAAGAAACGAUGCUUAAAGCGGACAAAACAGAAGAUUUCCUUGAAAACAUCCGACGUCAAGGCUCACGGUCGACCCAAGACUGGGUAGAGAAUCUUGCAAAUCAGUGUUACAGACAGUUUUCACUUUUGCCAGGCGAACAGUGUGAAGAUCGUUCACUGUUUCCUCUUCAUAAAGAUUUUGACAGACGAUCCCCAGCCGAGCCUCAAGAAAGCCCAAAAUUUGAACAAGGCCAAAACACCUGCCAAGUCAAGGAGAAGAAUGAAGGAAGUUCAAAUGAAGAACCACCCCUCAAAGUGUUGCAUAAAGUCAUCAUCACUCCUGUGGCUGAUCUUCUGAAAGGAUCCGAGAUAAUUGUCGUCCCUGAUAGUUCGUUAUCCAGAGUUCCAUUUUCUGCGUUGAUGAACGAGAGAGGAGAAUUUUUGGCAGAAAAGUUCAAGAUUCGGUACACCCCAUCUUUGACGACUCUCAAGCUGAUCCAGGACAGUCCUGCAGAUUAUCACAGUGGAAGUGGUGUUCUUAUAGUCGGCGAUCCUGAUGUUGGUACUGUCACGCACCAGGGAAGUGAGUUAACAUUUAGUCCAUUACCGUGUGCUAGAAAAGAAGUUGAAAUGAUUGGAAAGAUUCUUCACGUUCAACCCUUAACUGGUAAAGAAGCUACCAAGGAAGCGGUACUACAGAAGAUACACUCUGUAAGUCUCAUUCACAUUGCUGCACAUGGUGAACCAAAGAGAGGUCAUAUUGCAUUAGCUCCAUCCAACCGAGAGAAGAAUGACUUUCUGUUGACAAUGGCCGACAUCUCCGCAGUCAGAUUGCGAGCCAAACUGGUCGUACUCAUUUGCUGUCACAGUGGAAAAGGACAUAUAAGAGCUGAGGGAGUUGUUGGCAUCGCUCGAGCCUUCUUAGGAUCCGGCGCUCGUUCGGUGUUGGCGUCUCUCUGGGCUGUGGACGACGAAGCAACAAUGGAGUUCAUGAAGCAAUUCUACCAGCACUUGGUGAAUGGAAAGAGUGCGAGUGAAUCUCUUCAUGAAAGCAUGAAAUGGAUGAGAGAGAACCCAGACUACUCGGAAGUGAGAAAAUGGGCACCAUUCGUGUUGAUUGGAGAUGAUGUGUCAUUCCGAUUCGCCAAAUGA